CCGCCGCCGCCGCCAUGAGCGGCCCGCAGCCGGGAUUUCUUGCAACCUACAAUAGCCUUACAGACAAACACCUGGUUGGAUAUUUCAGCAAUACCAGGAUAAGACGACAUCUUCAGAGAUCAGGACUGAUCUCAAGGUGUGGAAGAAUAAUAUCUGAGAAAGAAUACCGGCUAAAUGCUAUGAGGAGGGAUCACCAGAGAUGUGUCCAGGAGUGCCUGGCUCAUGCCAUAUUUCAUAAGGUCCUUGACAUGGAGCGUCAUCAUCAGCUAGAAAUAAAAAGAAAACUUGAAAAUUCUGUGAGGAAGGAGAGGGUGCAGAAAAUCAAGGUGGAACAAUCCAGAAGAUCAGUGGAAGGUGCGAGCCCUAUGCGCCCCCCCCAUCCACCACUUGGUCCAAGAAAUCGUUAUGGGCUCCAUCCUUUAGUGGCUGGGGAACCAGCUAGUCACUCACAACUGAGGGCACCUGGACCUGUAGUCGAUUAUAAUGGUGGACAUCCUUCUCAUCAACACCGAUCCAAGGAGCCUGCUUUUUCUAAGAUGACUUCCUGGCGACCAAAUACAGCUCCAGGAAAUAUGCAACACCCACUUCGCCUCCAACCACUUCGCAGCUGUGCUGCAGUGGGGUCUGUACCAAAGGCUUCUAGCUCUAAACAGAAGUGCCACACACUUGAACAUGAUCAGCAGUUUGCCAGUGGGGGGGAGAAGAGUGGGUUAAGACUUAUGAAUUCAAUGGAAUAUGUGACUGGUACAUCCCCAUAUCAGCUCCCCGUCAUUAACAAUUAUGUGAUACCAGUGCCACCUCCCCCCCUGCAAAAAGGAGACAAGAGCAUAACUGCGGUGAGAAAUGGGGUGCACAGAGGCAGGCGGUAUCAUCCCACCACUGCACCAAAUGACGUAGAGCAACUUUUAACAAAGAAUUCUGGAGGAUUCCCUAAGCCCUCGUUACGCAGCAAUGCAUUUGUUACCAUGGUCUUUCUAGGAAAAAGUGUGCAUUUAUCUCACGAUGAUGCUGAUUACAGAGAUGAAAUCAAAGUCUAUCAGCAGCAUUGUGGAGGAGAAAACCUUUGUGUCUACAAAGGCAAGCUACUGGAAGGAGAGACCUUUCAGUUUGUCUCAAAGAGGCACCGUGGUUUCCCAUUCAGCCUCACGUUUUUUCUGAAUGGGAUGCAAGUGGACAGGUUGAGCUGUUGCUGUGAGUACAAACAUCAGAAGCGUUCCAGGCUGGGAGGCAGACAUGGAUACUUCAGGUUUCUCAAUGUGGAGGGAGCAUCUCCUUGCUACAGGUGCAUUAUUGCAAUGGGUCUGGACAAAAAGCCAUCCCCUCCCAAGAGAAAGAUAGAGGAGGACCAUGAGGAAAAGCAUGUGGGUUCCUGGGGAGAUGGAGUGCGCAGUGAGCCAAGUAAAAGCAGUGUUGAGCAGAAACCAAGAAAAGAUUCAGUGUUAGUCAUCUUACCAGGUCACGAAGCAAGUGUGGAAGCUGUUGAGGACAAAGUGGAGACCGGACAGGAAUACAGAAAAGAAGAAAGGAAAAAACUAUCUGAUCGUGAGAGUGAAGAUAGUCAGGAAGACACCGGUAAAAAUGAGUAUGAUGAAGAUUUUGAAGCAGAUGAAGAAGUUCAUGAAGAGGGACAGACUGGUGAUCAAAUGAAUGGAAUGUCAAAGUCAUCCUCAGAUGAUAAAAAACAUAAUUUAGUCUAUGAAAAGGAGAGUAAAACCUCAUCACCGAAGGCACUGCAGGCCUCUGACGGUGAGAAAGAUGAAAGUGAUGGAUAUUCCAACAGUGACUCCGAGGAUGAUAAACAAGAUAGGAGGCCUGCACACUCUCUCUCAUCCGUCAGUACUCAGUAUAGCAGUGAAGAUGACUCGCAUGCUGAAAUGAUGAAAGACGAUGUCAAGGACAAAGAGGAGUAUAAUAUCAAAAGGGCAUCUGAUAACACAGCACAUGCACAGUAUGGAAGUGAGAACGGGGAGAAUAAACUGCUCAGAAUGGAGGAAGAUCAGGAAGCUUUUGCACUGGAAAAGGAAGGAAUAGAUGAAGCAGAAAAGGCAAAACCAGAAGAUCUAACAGCAAGGGAAGAUACUGGAAUUUUUCAUGAAAAUACAAUGGCAAUACAGUAUCAAAGUCCUGCAGUUAAUGGGGACCUCAAACAGGCUGGGGCAGUAGAAAGUAACAUAGGGGAAGACGGGGAGAAGAAUGCAAGUACCAGGAGGGAUGAUGGGGAGGAAAGUCUUCUAGUGCCUUUGGAAAGCAGUAUGACGGAAGCAGAGGAUAGCAAUGAAGAGUCUCCUCAGGGUGAUGAAGGAGGUGUUUCUGAAGAUUGCAAACCAGUCCAGGAGGAAAUAGCAAAGGCAAUUGGAAAUGAUCAUCAUGUGAAUUCUGAACCUCAACCUACUGAUUCCUGUGCAGAUGAGGAAGAAGAGAACAUAACAAGUACAGAGCAUGAUGCCAAUGAAGCACCAGAUGGAGCUUUCUUGGCAGAAGGAACAAGAACACUUGACGUGCAGAAGGCAGCAGAACAAGUGGUACAAGAAGGGCAGAUGGUAGGGGAGAGGCAAGCACUCAAGAAGGAAGAUUUUGUUGCUGAGGGAGGAGAUGCUCGCGCCGAUGAGGCAGGAGAAGAAACGGCAGGGGUGGGAGAUCUGCUGCCCAAGGAAGACGCAGUGGCCGUGCCGCAGGCGGAGGAUCAGCUUGUGGUGGAGGAAUCUGCAGCCGAGGAGAGCGCCAUGGCAGAGGAUCCCAAAGGAAAGGGGACAGGGAAGGGAACGGAGCCUGGCGCAGAGGUGGCACCCGGGGAGCGGGAAGUUCUGAUGGAGGAGACAGAGAGCGAGGCAGCACCGGGGGAGCGGGCGCCUGGGGGAGCGGAGCUGGCAGGGGCACUGCUAGGCAGGGAGGCAGCGUCCGAGGGCGAGGAGGUGGCUGGGGAGGUCUCUGAGGGAGAAGAGGCAGCGGAGGAGGCCUCCGGGGCAAAGGAGGCUGCGGGAGCGACGGGGCCUCCGGUGAAGGAGGUGGUGGGCGAGACGGUGUCUGAGGCAGAGGAGGCCGUGGAGGAGGGAGGUUUUGCAGGGAAGGGCGUUGUGGUGGGUGCUGUGUCUGAGGCAGAGGAGGCCGUGGAGGAUGCCAACGUGGCAGAAGAAGGGAUUGCUGGGGUAGUUGGCCCUGAAGAAGAGUCUGUAGAGGAAGCUGUUGCUGAAGGGGAGGAGGCUGCAGAGAAGCCUGGGGCUCUCCUGGAAACAUUAGGGGAUGCAAACAUUUGCACAGGAGAAGCAGUGCCUGGAGGAGAAGACUUUGUAAAGCCAAAUGAGUUUUCCCAGCUGAAAGCAUCAGGGGGAGAGUGGAUGGAGAUGGGGAAAGCUGCCAUAGGAGCAGGAACAUCUGAGACUGGCAAGGCAUCAGGGGUAGAAGGCGGCUCUCUCCUGAGAGCGGAGGACUCUGUGGAGCCUGGCAAGGGUCCCGUGUUGCAAGUAGCACCGGGAUUAGAGGCACUGGUGGGUGCUGGAGGGGAUCCCAUAACUGAAGGGUCAUCCCAGUUGGAGGAGACCACAACAGCGGAGGAGGAGGAGGAGGGCUCAGCAGAAGCACUUUCGAGUGGAAAGCCAUCUCUAGGCAGCAAAGCAAAGACAGAGAGUGCAAUGGAAGAGACACCUGAUGGAGGGCCGAUGGGAAUAUCUGCAGAGAUAGCCAGAGCAGGGUCAGGAGGUAGAGAGGAGGUUGCGGGUGGAGCAGCCAGUCCAAGCGAGCUGGCAGCCGGGCCGCAGGGAUGGCUGGAGCGUGCUGAACAGAGAGGGAAGGAGAGGUCUCCUGGUGAGGGGGUGAUGGAUGAAGCAGCGCUGCCUGCCCUGGGGCUGUGUGUGAGCGGGGUGGGGGGGUCAGGGGGGGUGGCUGGUGCUGCGGCGGGCGGCCAGACAGGGCGAGGGGCUCUGCCUGAGGGGGGAGCGGCAGCGGAGCCGGCGCUGGUGGUGCAGGAGGUGGCUGGCAAUGGCGGGCUGGGCGAUGGGGCGGUGGCACGGGAGGGGGUGGCGGGAACAGUGUUGGGGGGACGGAGCGGGACAGGGGCGGCAGGGGCAGAGGGGGUGUCAGCCGAGGGAAGGGGGGCAGCUGGGGAGUCUGGGGGGGACAGGGAAGGGGUGGCCGACGGAGCCGUGGCCUGCGGGCGAGGGGUGAACCAGGAGGCGGUGCUGGGGGGCGAGGGCCAGGGCGAGGCGGGGUGGGAGUGGGGCACAGCGGGUCUCGUGUCCCCAUGGCACGCAGAACCGCAUGGAGCGAUGUCCCUUGGGGAGCAGCCGACUGCAGAAACCUCCCUGAGCGCCCCUGCGCGUGGGGAUGGGGGAGCGGAGUCGGGGGGGAGAGGGUCGGCAGGCGGCGAGGGGCUGUGCCUGGGCACCCAGCCGCAGCUGGCAGCUCCCGGGAUGGGGGCAGUGGGGGGCAAGGGUGGGCUGCAGGGGGGCACAGAGCAGGCAGGAGCGAAAGCCGAUGGGGAGCAGGCAGGCCUCUGUGAAAACAAGAGGGAGAGAGAAGCAGCGGGUGUCUCGGAGAGUGCAUGGAGCGCUGCUGGGGUCAGGGAGCAGAGGAAGGACAGUCCCGUUGGAGGGAGCCCAGACACCCCGGGAGCUGCUGACACCGGCGAGAGGAGCUGCGGUCCCCGUGGGGAUGUUGUAAACCCAGAUGCGGUUGUCGUGCCCUCGGUACAGCCCCAGGAUGGGGAAGAAACUCUCCUCUGAGCUUUUUCUGCAGCUCCUUCAGUGCUGUGUCCUGCAACAUUUACACAAAUUGCUGUUGAUUUGUGCCGGUUGGGAUGUUCACUCCUUUAUUGUAUUCCUUGAGCACCACAACCAUCUGUCACGUUUUACUAAAACAGCUUCUCAGUGUGCAGCAGACAACUGAAAUAAGCCUGUAUAUGCCAGCCCAGGAAACAGCACUCCUUCGUAAUUAUGAAGACAGUAAUUGCAAGGAUUGUUCCACAGCUGUCAUGCUUGUUUUUCCCAAAACACAGAGAAAUAUUGGACUGGCUGAACCUCCCCUCCUCCCCCAGGCACCGCUUGCUUCUGCUGGCUGGUGGGAGGGAGGGCUGAGGGUGAUGUGCUGUACGUGUUUCCGUAGGACAAGUUGUCUGUACAGAGUGCCGGUGUUUGACUGUGUCUGUGUCUAUGUACUGACUGCAUUUUUCUGUGUGUCAUUUGCCUUUCUGAACUACAAACUCUUCACUGUGAGUUGGGCUGUGUCUUCAUUGCUGUGCAUAGAGCACUUGCGCACAUUAAUGCUUUGGUAAGAGCAUCUGGGGGUGUUCAGCAGAGAUGUGGAACAGCAGGAUCAUGGAGGGAAUGGUGGCUUCACAUAGGGGGUUUUAGCUUGGGGGGCUGCCUCCACCCCAUGUUACAGGCAAGCGAGCCCUCCAGUGUGCACAGGUGCCCCAUGCUGCCGGGUGGGUGGCAUGCAGUGGGGGCUUCUCUUUCCUCCGGGAUCCAGGCUUGUUGCUGGCCACACUUCAGGGUAUUCUUGGGACUUUGAAACGUUGUUGAAAAUUGUUAAAUCAGACCAAUUCUAAUAUGUAUUUGUAAAUGAAUAAAGCCUGGCCUUUUGCUUUU